AUGACAUAUAAUCCAUACUACGAGCAGAGCCAGGCUGCUCAAGCCCGAUAUCCACAGGGGCAAAGACAAAUGCAACAGACACCGGCGGAUCCUCGUUACCAACAGCAAUACGGGCAAACUGCACCUCAAGGACCGGCAUAUGCAGGGUUUGCGGACCCACGCGCUUCGAUGGCCUUUCAAUUUGGGCAAAGUGCAUUGAACCAAUUCAUUGGGUCCGAAAACUUCAACCAAUUCCAGGAGACAGUGCAGCGGGCGACCGGCGGAGGAGACCUUUCGCACUACUUCCAGGUCUCGAACUCGUAUGUGUUCCAAAAGCUGAAGGUGAUGCUGCUGCCCAUGCUCCACAAGCAGUGGCAGCGGAUCCCGGACACGAACAACUCUUUUCAGCCGCCGCGUAGCGACAUUAACUCACCCGACAUGUACGUCCCUCUGAUGGGCCUGGUGACCUACAUUUUAGCUUGGAACCUGGAGCAGGGGCUGCAUGGCUCCUUUGACCCCGAGAACCUGUACUUUAAGCUAUCUUCAACGCUGGCGUAUCUGGUAUUGGACUUGGCGAUCCUCAAGUUAGGGUUGUACUUGCUCGUACCUAUCAAUUCGAAGACGACGUCGCUCGUUGAACUUGCAUGCUACGUCGGGUACAAGUUUGUGCCGCUAAUCUUCGCGAUGCUUCUCCCUCGGCAGCCGGUUUGGGCGACGGUAUUGGGCAAGUUCUAUCUGUUCAUGGCUUUUGGAAUCUUUCUGCUGCGCUCCGUGAAGUUCAACCUGUUCAACGACACUGCUAACGAUGUGAAUACCGUCAAGAAAUCCGUCGUCAAGAAAUGCAACUACUUCCUGUUUUUCUACGGUGUGGUGCUACAGAGCGGCCUGAUGUGGCUAAUGGGCUAG